CAGGGGUUGUCCUGCUGGUUUUGUUGUUGUGAUAACUCCUGUCAGCGGCACUUAUUUUGCAGCAUUACCCCAUUAUUUUCCCUCGUUAAUGGCACGAGUUCUGAAUUACAAGUGAAGCCGGUGUUCUCACCACAGACGCUCGCUAAAAACUGCCGGGUGACAAGAGAAACCACGGCAGGAAAUUUCUUCCGAAUAAUCAGAGCACCUUGGAAUAGAUGUGAGCACAAGGCACUGUGCUGGAUAAAGCUGCCUUGGAGCACCAUGGCUGCCGCCCCUUUUCUCAACUCGGACGCGCUGCGAGAGGUCCUGGAGUGCCCCAUCUGCAUGGAGUCCUUCACCGAGGAGCACCUGAGGCCCAAACUGCUGCACUGUGGGCACACCAUCUGCAAGCAGUGCCUGGAGAAGCUCCUGGCAAACAGCAUCAACGGGAUCCGGUGCCCCUUCUGCAGCAAGAUCACACGGAUCACCAGCUUGGCUCAGCUCACUGACAACCUCACCGUGCUGAAGAUCAUCGACACGGCCGGCCUGGGGGAAGUGGUGGGACUCCUCAUGUGCAAGGUCUGCGGGAGGAGGCUGCCAAGACACUUUUGCAAGAGCUGUAGCUUGGUCUUGUGUGAGCCUUGCAAGGAGGCUUCGCACAUGCCCCCAGGACACAGAGUCAUGGCUAUCAAAGAGGCUGCUGAGGAGCGUAGGAGGGAGUUUGGAAUGAGGCUUGCCAGGCUUCGGGAGCUCAUGGGUGAUCUGCAGAAAAGGAAAGCUGCUCUGGAGGAUGUUUCAAGAGACCUGCAAUCCAGAUACAAAGCGGUUCUGCAGGAGUACAGCAAAGAGGAGCGCAAGAUCCAGGAAGAACUGGCCAGGUCACGUAAGUUCUUCACCACCUCUUUGACUGAAGUGGAGAAGAUAAAUAACCAGGUGAUGGAAGAGCAGGCUUACCUGCUGAACUUAGCAGAAGUGCAGAUAAUGUCUCGCUGUGACUAUUUCCUUGCCAAAAUAAAGCAGGGGGAUAUAGCUCUCCUGGAGGAGGCAGGGGAUGAGGAAGAGCCAGAACUGACAAACAGCCUCCCGAGGGAGCUGACUCUCCAAGAGGUGGAACUCCUUAAGGUGAGCCAUGUGGGGCCACUGCAGAUUGGGCAGGUGGUGAAGAAACCCCGCACCGUUAACGUGGAGGAAUCCCUCAUGGAAAAUGCAGCAUCCUCCUUUGUACCAUUUAGGGAGCCUGACCUGGUGCAGGAGGAACCCAGCUGCACCCCCCAUUCCUCGCCAGCCAAGCCAAGGAUGCCUGAAGCAGCCCCCAGCAUCCAGCAGUGUUCCUUCAUCAAGAAGAUGGGCUCCAAGGGCAGCCUGCCAGGGAUGUUCAACCUCCCUGUGAGCCUGCACGUCACCAGCCAAGGCGAGGUGCUUGUGGCAGACCGGGGCAACUUCCGAAUCCAGGUUUUUACCCGCAAGGGCUUCCUGAAGGAGAUCCGCCGGAGCCCCAGCGGCAUCGACAGCUUCGUGCUGAGUUUCCUUGGAGCAGACUUGCCCAACUUGACCCCUCUUUCUGUCACCAUGAACUGCCACGGGCUGAUCGGUGUGACAGACAGCUAUGACAACUCUGUCAAGGUGUACACCAUGGACGGCCACUGCGUGGCGUGUCACCGCAGCCAGCUGAGCAAGCCCUGGGGCAUCGCCGCGCUGCCCUCGGGGCAAUUCGUGGUCACUGAUGUGGAAGGGGGCAAGCUCUGGUGCUUCACCGUGGACCGUGGCGUGGGGGUGGUGAAGUACAGCUGCCUGUGCAGCGCCGUGCGCCCCAAGUUUGUCACCUGCGACGCUGAAGGGACCAUUUACUUCACUCAGGGGCUGGGGCUCAACCUGGAGAACCGGCAGUACGAGCACCACUUGGAAGGAGGCUUCUCCAUCGGCUCCGUCGGCCCAGAUGGGCAGCUGGGGCGCCAGAUUAGCCAUUUCUUCUCUGAGAAUGAGGAUUUCAGGUGCAUUGCUGGGAUGUGUGUUGAUUCCAGGGGAGACCUGAUCGUUGCUGACAGCAGUCGUAAGGAAAUCCUGCAUUUUCCUAAAGGAGGCGGCUACAACAUCCUGAUCCGGGAGGGACUCACCUGCCCGGUGGGUAUUGCUGUUACUCCCAAAGGGCAGCUGCUGGUGCUGGACUGUUGGGAUCAUUGCAUUAAGAUCUACAGUUACCACCUGAGAAGAUACUCCACCCCUUAAAGGCUUGGUUGCAAGCAAAGCCUGUCUUGGCAGUGGAGAUUCUUGCAGCCUCCUUGCAAUCCGACGGGAACCAGUGUCAAGCCUUCAGGAAGAUUGUGCCAUAGCUGAAGGGGAUUUGGCAUACAGGUCAUCAUGUUCUGUGUUUAGAAACAAAGUAGCUUUUGUGGUGGUGGUGGUGGUCUGCUUUUUCUUCUUGUUUUUUAUAUAAAAUCCUUACAAAUAAGGACAAGCGCGAUGGAAAGGAUCCAUCCUUUGCAGUCUUGGUUCUUGUGACUAGUCACUCCAUAAACCUCUUCACCUCCUUAUGCCACACAUCUCCUACACUUCCAGCUUCAACCAUUGUGUCUUUCUUUGUGCCAUAAACACUGACUGACUGCUCUAAAUCACCUUCCCUGAGAGAACUAGCAGAGGCAAUCCUGUGGCACUUGCAAGGAACUGGGUAGCAGUUGUCUGGGCAACUCCUAGAGAGAGCAAUUUGUGCUUGCAGCACUGCAUAAAACGAAAUGGCCACUUCAGCUGCACGGAGAUGAAGCUUUGCUUCCACCCUGACGAGACAGGGUUGUCUCUCCCAUUUUUCUGGUGUUCAGGAGAUUGCCCCGUCAUGCCAUUUGUGAAUUGUGUCUGUUCUGUGUGAAGUGAGUACUGUGCAAUUGUGGGAGACCGAGCUGAGCCAGAAAAUUGCCCUCUUUAUUCCUGAGUUGUAAGAAGACAGGGGUUUUAUUACUAAUAAGAGUUCUGCUAGAUAGAAGGGGAGUAAAAGGGAGAGGGCUGGAGAAAAAAGAAAAAAAAGAGGGGAAAUCUAGGGUUGCUAUUUACUGUUGUUUUAUUAUUAAAUGUGUCCUGGAAACUCUCUUUGGAAGGUUUAUCUGGUAUCUAAAACUUCCUGGGGAAGGGGGGAAGAGCUGGGGGAAUAAGAAUGGGAGAAUGUAGGAAAUGAGAUUAAAUGCAACAUAUUGUAUGUUCACCUGCACUUCACUCUGCAUUCCAGACCACUGCAUUUAGCAAUAGCUUUCCACUCAUCUGCACCUCCUCUGUGCAAGUUACUCAUUUCUGAGAUAAGGAUGGGCAGGGGGGACUGUUUCAUUUCUGUUUUUUUAAGAUUUGGAAGCACAUCCAUUGGUGCACUGCCUUUUUUUUCCCUUGCACAGCAAAACACUACAUUCCUCAGAUUAUUUUUU